AUGAAAGCCAUCCUGCAGCGGGUUCUAUCCGCCUCAGUCACCGUCGACAAGGAGCUGGUGUCAUCCAUUGGCAAGGGCGUCCUCGUCUUUGCCGCCAUGGCCCCCGGUGACACCGAGAAGGAGGCCGAAUCCCUGGCGGCCAAGGUUCUAAAGAUGAGAAUGUGGGAUGAUGAAACAGGUGGCCGGUGGAAGAAAAAUGUCCAAGAUAUCAACGGGGAGGUCCUUUGCGUCUCCCAGUUCACUCUGUUGGCCUCCACCAAGAAAGGAAGCAAACCUGACUUCCAUGGCGCUCUUGGAGGGGAGGAGGCAAAGAGGCUGUACCAGUACUUCUAUCAGAAAGUCCAGGAGGGCUACCGACCUGAGAGGGUCAAGGAUGGCGUCUUCCAGGCCAUGAUGGAAGUUGCCCUUGUCAACGAUGGGCCGGUCACGCUUGAGCUGUCUGCUGGGCCUAAGCAGCAGCCCGAAAAGGCGCCUUUUUGA